AUGAAAUGUGGGUGCAGCGCCCUGGCUCUUCUCCCCUGGGUGCUGGUGGCCAUCGACGCGCAGUACAUCUGCUGGCAGGCCAUGCUGCGGUGCCACGACGAGCCGGAGUGUGACCUCGCCUACGGCCAGUACCUAGCGGCCUGCGAGGGGAACAUCAGGGGCACCCGGAGGCAGUGUCCCAGCCACUGCAUCAACGCGCUGAUCCGGCUCAACCACACCCGCAGCGGGCCGGACCUGGAGACCUGCGACUGCGCCCAGGACCUGGAGUGUCUGAGCGCCAAGCGGACCAUCGAGCCGUGCCUGCCGCGCCGGUACCCGAGCGACGCCGGCGGGAUCGGCUGCAUGGAGGCCCGGCAGCGCUGCGAGGAGGACAGCAGCUGCCACACCUCCCUGGCGGCCUACUUGUCAUACUGCGGCCAGCUGUUCAACGGCAGGAAGUGCUCCUCCAAGUGCAAAGCCACCAUCCAGCAGAUGCUCUUCAUCCCAAACGGCAUGCUGCUCAACCGCUGUGUGUGCGACGGGGUCGAGCGGCCUUUCUGUGAGGUGGUCAAGGAGAACAUGAGCAAACUGUGUUCCAUAGGAGACCACAAUGUGAUCUCGGACCAGCCUGAGGUGGAUGACAUGUACGAGGAUGAGGACUAUUACCCUAAAGGUGACAGAGAGGAGGUGUACACUGACCACUCCUCGGCCCAGAGGUUAUCCAGCUGCAUGGGGCUGCUGUUCCUUCCUCUAGCACGGAUUAUUUACUGAGAUGGUGGGUUCUCCCAGACACCUGUUGGGUUUAUGAAUGACUGUUCUACAACAUUUAUUGUGUUGCCAACACAGAACCUGAACCUGGGUCUGCUGGAUAAGGAACUUCGCCCACAGCAGGACUUCCGGACAUCCCAGUAUAGUCGCAUGGAGACAGAGCACAGUAGUGAUUUGUGUAGGACCUUCCACAAUGUUACAAUUGACAUAGCAAUUCUCCUUGAUGCACAUCUCCCUCAGGAAUACUGCUCUUCUGAUUUGUGAUUCUCCUGUUGCCACGGAUGGCCUUGUCGUUCUCUGAGUGAACUGCUCGUUUGCUAAGUAGAAGAAAGCCUGUCGUCAAAAAUAGAAAUACAUACAUCCAGGAGAUAAUGAGAGGAAAUGAACCAAAACCAGACUUCCUUUUUUUUUGCAGGGCCAUUACCCUUUUGUAUGUCUUUAAAAAAAAAAAGCUCCUGUUUGUUUGGUCUGGUUUCAAUGCCACUUGGAGUGUGUGGCUUUAUUAAGACCUUGGGCAAACAUUGGACCCUUACAGUCUCUGUUUGCUCUGCUCUCAAUUCCAGGGGCCACAUGCAUUGUUGCAGCAAAAGCACACUUCAAAUAUUUGUAGGGAAUGGUCUGAGGACGGGCAAGGGUGUGGGAUCAACUCCUUAAAUUAACUGAAGUGCCUCUGUAGCACUCUGUCUGUUUGAGAUUGUUUUAUUGAACUUUUCCUGCGACCCUCCCUCUCCUCACCCUCCCCUCUCUGCUGCCUGCCCCCCUUUCACGCCGUUAAAGGACCCCCGUCUUUAUUACUGUUCUGACACUGAA